ACAGUGCAUGCCAAAAAAUUGAUUUCAGAAUUCCCUCAUGGUGUUUCUUUUCUUCGUAAAUAUCACAGAAUGCCGAAAAUUCCAAAGAUACCAGAGCCAAAGCAAAAAUAUCAACUGGCUGCAUUCGAGUCAGGAGCGCAAAAUUUCAAUCCUUGCAAGAUUACACAGCUUUGCCAAAACGGUGGAAAAUGUAUAGCACAUCAAGGAGCAUACUACUGCCAAUGUUCAGAAGAAUUUUAUGGGAAAACAUGUGAAUUUCUUGCGAAUAAAAGUGCAUGUGAAAAUAAUCUUUGCCAAAAUGGUGCCAUCUGUUAUAGUGUAAAAGAAAAAAAUCAAAUCAUUGUUAAUAAGGAUAAAUCGCAGAUAAAUGCUGAAAAUCCGAAUUUUAAAAAAUCCGGAAUAAUACAAAGUGUACAGUAUGAAUGCUGGUGUCGUCCUGGUUACACUGGUUCUCUUUGCGAAUAUUCAGAAAAAUUACGUAGUUGCCAAGAAGAUUUUUGUUUACAUAAAGGUGUCGGACACCUUUCAAACCAUUCAGGUGUCAUGAAAUGCGAUUGUUUGUGCGACGACAAUUAUGCUGGAGAACGGUGCCAAAUCGCAUUACCUUGCAUGGAUUACGAAUGUUUUAAUGGUGGCAAAUGUAAUAAUAUUUUAAUUGACACUACAGAGGAUGGUACUGGUAUAUAUAAAGCAAAAUGUGAAUGCCUCGAUAGGGCUGUACAUGGAGUUGCUGCUGUUUUUCGCGGUGAACACUGUGAAAUAAUUGAAAUUACCAGCGAAAUGAGGGCGCAGUUUGAUGAUUGUUUCCCAUGUAAGCUUCCUAUCAAGGAUUAUUUAGAAAGAUGUAUUGAUGAAUAUUCGCAGAAGUUUUUCUACAGAAAAUUGAGAGAGAUAAUGGAAUCUUGCAAAGAACCGAUUUGCACCAAUCCUAAACAAUUUUGUCUAAAUGGUGGAGUGUGCGAAAUUCAAGGAAAGCAAGCUGACGAUAGUAAAGAAACAAUAUUGUUUCCAACGUGUCGAUGUUCUGGAUUAGAUGAAGGAUUAUUGUGCCAGAAACAUGUGGCAUCACCCUGUGACCCAACUUCUUUUGAUCCAAGAGGUCAUGGUGAGAAAUGCGGCAAACAUGGUUCCUGUGUUGCUAAAACAGUUUAUGAUUAUAUUUGCGAAUGUGAAACUGAGGAUCCAUGUCAAUAUAAUUUGUGUUCACCAGGAAGUCUCUGUGUAACACUACCUAUUGAAAAAAAAGAAUCCUACGAGUUGGGCUACAUCUGUAUUUGCGAUAUGAACCAAGAACCAGAUUUCAGUGGUCAUGAUAAUGAAACAAUGAAAUGUUCGUUGGCUGAUUUUGGUUUAUGUAAAAAUCAUCAAUGUAAGGAAAAUGGUAAAUGCUAUCCUUGCGAUAAAACGGACGAAGAGAAUCUUCAACUGUGCAAUGAUGAGGAGAAAAGUCGUGGAUUUAGGUGUAUUUGCCCUAGUGGAUCAUUACCUCCAUUUUGUGAUAAAAUUGCGGACGCUUGCUAUGGAAACAAAUGUUUGAAUGGCGCUGAAUGUGUGGUAGAUUCUCGGAAUCAAUAUAGUUACAUAUGCAAAUGUCGACUGGGAUUUACUGGAGAACUUUGUGAAUCUGAAACAUCUCCUUGUGUAAGCAUAGGCUUAAAAACUUGUGUGAUGGGCAAAUGCAUACAAGACAACGGCUUCGCACGAGGUUUUCGCUGUGACUGUAUUGAAGGAUACGAUGGUCUCGAUUGCGAUCUCCUGGAUAAAGCAAACAUCUUAGAUUUCUACAAUCGCAAUUUUUGGUGGACAUAUCCACUCACAAUGUCAGCACUGUUAACACCAACAAUAAUGGCACUUACAAUAAUUGCUGAAAAUAGGGCCAGAAGGGAUUAUGAGUUAAGGCUUAUAGAAAAAAAUCAACGAGAGGAGCUGGAAGUUGGGAAAAAUGAAGAUGGUGAAAAUGAAGCUCGAACAACAAGAAUUAAUAAUUUAACUGAGCUUCAAACUAUCCUUCAUGAUUUUAUCACUCAUGUUUCCGAAUAA